AUGCGUUGUAUCAUCCAAAGGGCAGAGGUACUGGAUGGAGCUCAUUUGAUGCAGAUUCUAUGGCAUGAUGGUAUAGAGUCAUUCUAUCCAGCAAUAUGGUUGAGAGACAACUGUCAGUGCUCCAACUGCUACCUGGAUUCAGCAAAAGCCCGUAAACUUCUCAUUGAAGGUCUGGACGUGAAUAUUGGAAUUAAAGAAUUAACUUUUGACAGAAAAAAGGUGUAUAUUACGUGGCCAGAUGAACACUGCAGUGAAUUUGAAGCUGACUGGCUGAAGAAAAGAUGCUUUUCCCAGCAGGCCAGAGCCAAACUCCAAAGAGAAUUAUUUUUACCAG